GUUGCGUGUGCACCUCUUGCACUAAAUUUGAGUCAGCACCAAUGACAGCGCUGCAGUCCUCUGUGGACUGAUCAGGUGGCUGCAGAGCUCGGGCUCACAGCCGCACAACGCAGCUGAGCGGGCAAGCACAGCCCACAGCCAGAAGCGGCUCCCACUCUCCAGAGCAAGGCGACCUUUAAAGCUUAAGUUUCCCGGAGAAAAUGAGAUGCUGCUGCUGAAGACGACACUAUGGCUUUGAUGGAAUAUCAGAUAUUGAAAAUGUCUCCCAGCUUGUUCAUCCUUCUGUUUCUGACACCUGGUAUUUUAUGCAUUUGUCCUCUCCAAUGUAUAUGCACAGAGAGGCACAGGCAUGUGGACUGUUCAGGCAGAAACUUGACUACAUUACCAUCUGGACUGCAAGAGAAUAUUAUCCAUUUAAAUCUGUCUUAUAACCAUUUUACCGAUCUUCAUAACCAGUUAACCCAAUACACCAAUCUGAGGACCCUGGAUAUUUCAAACAACAGGCUCGAAAGCCUGCCUGCUCAGUUACCUCGGUCCCUCUGGAACAUGUCUGCUGCUAACAACAACAUUAAACUGCUUGACAAAUCUGAUACUGCUUAUCAGUGGAACCUUAAAUAUCUGGAUGUUUCUAAGAAUAUGCUGGAAAAGGUUGUUCUCAUUAAAAAUACACUGAGAAGUCUUGAGGUUCUCAACCUCAGUAGUAACAAACUGUGGACAGUUCCAACCAACAUGCCCUCCAAACUACAUAUCGUGGACCUGUCUAACAAUUCCUUGACACAAAUCCUUCCAGGAACAUUAAUAAACCUGACAAAUCUCACACAUCUUUACCUGCACAAUAAUAAGUUCACAUUCAUUCCAGAUCAAGCUUUUGACCAACUCUUUCAGUUGCAGGAGAUAACCCUUCACAAUAACAGGUGGUCAUGUGACCACAAACAAAACAUCACUUACUUAUUGAAGUGGGUGAUGGAAACAAAAGCCCAUGUGAUAGGGACUCCCUGUUCUAGCCAAAUAUCAUCUUUGAAGGAACAUAGCAUAUAUCCCACACCUUCUGGAUUUACCUCAAGCUUGUUCACCCUAAGUGGGAUGCAGACAGUGGACACCAUUAACUCUCUGAGUAUGGUAACUCAGUCCAAAGUGACCAAAACCCCCAAACAAUACCGAACGAAGGAAACAACGUUUGGUGCCACUCUAAGCAAAGACACCACCUUUGCUAGCACCGACAAGGCUUUUGUGCCCUACCCCGAAGACACAUCCUUAGAAACCAUCAAUUCACACGAAGCAGCAGCUGCAACUCUAACUAUUCAUCUCCAAGAUGGAAUCGUUACAAACACAAGCCUCACUAGCUCAACAAAAUCGUCCCCAACACCCAUGACCCUAAGUAUUACUAGUGGCAUGCCAAGUAAUUUCUCUGAAAUGCCUCAACAAAGCACAACCCUUAACUUCCGAAGGGAAGAGACAACCACAAAUGUAAAGACUCGCUUACCUUCUGCGGCAAGUGCUUGGAAAGUCAACGCUUCAUUUCUCUUGAUGCUCAACGCUGUGGUCAUGCUGGCUGGCUGAGGGGCCGCAGCGUUUGAAGCCAAUGAAAGAGCUCCCCCCUGAUGUACAGUUGGGAAAAUAUGCCCCUAUCUAACCAGUGAUUCAAGCUACAUAAGUAUUCGAGAAAGCCAGUCUCACAUUUCUGACUCUGAUGUACACGAAGUAACUUGUCUUAAAGAAAAGAAGUGCACAAUGUCUCGGUACUCGCUGCUAUUUUACUGUCUUAAGUAACACGACUGAGUUUCUUUCUUUUUAAUGAAAUGUUUUCUUUUUGAGGCUUCAAUUUACUGCACAAAAUGUAAAGCAUCUAAACUUUAAUAUGUAUUUUAUGUAUGUUUACACUGUCAAACAUCUGGGAAAAAAAAAAUAAAAGGUCUAUGCUCAUAAUUGUGUCAUUUGGCUUUCUAGUCAGACCAACUUAAUCUUUUCAGUGUAAUUGAAAUGACCGAACCAUUUUUGUCCUAGGGUACUCUGGUAAAGUCUGUGCGGUAGAUGAAAGAAAUGUUGGAGGUAUCCAAGGAUUUUGCCACUAAAGUGUAACUGUGGUUGCUACCCCAUGAAUGGUUAUGCCACAUCAUUAUUUUACACACAAGCCAUAAUUGUUUCAAAUCUAAAUGAUGUCCUGCUUCUGAGGAACUCUUGGCUACUUUACAGAUUAUAUAAUGGACAAAAGCUCUUCAAAAAGCUAGAAGACACUAGGCUUUGCAUUUUAAUCAGGAAAGUUUAACGGCUUUGUUUUUUGCAUUUAAGGAAAGUAUUAAAAAUAUCAUAAAAAGUUUGGCUUUACAGAUAUGUAAAGGGACAGUUUUAGCGCAUAUUUAACAGACCAUUUACUAAUGAAAAAUUUACACAUUUACAAAAUGAAAAGUCUUCUACGUAGAGGAGAGGGAAAUUUACCUUUUGUACGUCGGAUGUCAGAAUCUGAUUUACCUCAAUUAAAAAUAAGGAUAGAUUAGGGAUAAAAUCCUGGGGGUCUAACAAACAUGGGCACUACUAAGGAAGAAACAGGCAAGGAGAAGGGGAAGAAAAGACGGGGUUCAUCUGGUGCCACAACUGGGUGAUGAACCCAAUACAACACACAAUAUAGGACUAGGGCUGGGCCUAAGACCGAUGUUCACACUCCAAAUCAAACUGCACUGGCACAGCUAGAAGAAAAUGGCGAAUUUUCUACAAAUACAAAAAAGAAAGCCACCUUAUGAAUUAGAGACGAACAAAAGUAAUAGCCACGAGUCAGAAAAAGAAGCCCUGAAACAAGGCUAGAUUAAAAUGCAAGACAGCAUAGCUGAAAUAGGCCACAAAUGAGGGAUUUAAAUUGUGAGACAUAAGGAAGGCUCUAUUUCAAGCAAUUCCUAGAGUUGGAAGAGUCCAGAAAGAAACUCUGAUGCUCCUUCCUAGGAAAUUUUAAAAUAAGACAAGACUUCUUUCCAGGUUUGGGAACCUUUCUAUUUGGAGAGACAGAAAAGGAAUAACCCUCUAACGUACUCUUUUGGCUUUAAAGGCCCGGGCUUAUGGGAAAACUACUGUUAAGCUUCAAUAAGGCUAUUUCUCUCCUAGGCUGACUAGUACAGAGGCUCUUAAACAUUCCCCUGCCCCAGCAAACCAACUCACCAUGUCAGGGAAUCUCACCAUGAAGAAAGGGGGUUAUUUGAAAAAGUCCCCUAAAUGAUUUUAAAAUUCAUUACCUUUCUAAAUGGGCAAGCUGCUUCCACUCCUCCUCGUCACUGACCUAGUCGCUUUGCCAGCGAUGGUAAAGACUACUCACUUACGGAGCGCCUGGGUGGCUCAGUCGGUUGAGCGUCCGACUUCGGCUCAGGUCAUGAUCUCAUGGCUCGUGAGUUCUCGAGCCCUGCGUCAGGCUCCGUGCUGACAGCUCAGAGCUUGGAGCCUGCUUCUGAUUCUGUGUCUGCCUCUCUCUCUGCCCCUAACCCACUUGCAUUCUGUCUCUGUCUC